AUGGGGAAGAAAUCAAGAUCGAUGCGCGAUGAGGGCCUCCAGCGGACAGAUAAUAGCAUGGACCUGACCAGCUGGCCUCAGGUUGUCGCUAUCAAUCAGAAAAAUUACUAUACUGACUACUUGAAACGAGACGACCAAUUCCUCGCAUACCGGUUACAAAAUGAAGAAAACCGAAGUCGCAUGGCAAAGGCAGCUAAGGAACGGGAUAGGGCCCUUGCUAUGUCAAAGCAGAAUGAGCUGCCGCUGCCAGAGGAGGAGGCAGACCAGGACACCACCAUGGGAGAGGUAGGUAAUGAGGAGGAAGAGGCAGUGGCUGGCUCAAAGACCAUCGUAGUGCACGUUGGGAGUCAGAAUUUGCGCAUAGGCCUUGCAAGUGAUGCCUUGCCAAAGACUAUUCCUAUGGUUAUAGCGCAUAGAUCAGAGACGAACGAGUCUGAAGAAAACGGGGGUGAGCCAAAGCCGAAACGCCUGAAAAUGGAUGACGGAGAGAUGAUGGAGCCGGAAAAAAUGUUUGGACCUGAUGUGAGUGACCACCCCAUUAGAGACUCCAUGCGCAGAGACUGA